AUGCCGAUCACACUCAUAGAGACAGCAGAAUACCUUCAGCAGUACUACAACCUGGAAAAAGAGCCUUUUGGGCGCAUGAAGCGGAGUGGGCCCGCCUUCACCUCCAAAGUGAAAGACAUGCAGAUUUUCUUUGGGCUUAAUGCAACAGGUGUGCUGGACUCAGACACCCUGGAGGUGAUGGGGAGCCCUCGAUGUGGCGUUCCAGAUGUGGAGGAGUACAGCCACAUCCAGGGGACACGGUGGAACAAGAAUGUCAUCACCUACAGCAUUGGCAGGUACACCAGGGAUUUGCCUCGCAGCACUGUGGACUCUCUGGUUGAGUCAGCUUUCAGCGUCUGGGCCAGAGCCAGCAGUCUGACGUUUGUAAGGUCACACACCCGCAACGCUGACAUCAUGGUGGAGUUUGUGACCUAUGAACACGGUGACUUGUAUCCAUUCGACGGACCAGGAGGCACCUUGGCUCAUGCUUUCGGGCCAGGGUUGGGCGCUGGAGGUGACACUCACUUUGACGACGAUGAGCACUGGACAGCAGGAGAGACAGGUUUCAAUCUGUUUGUAGUAGCUGCGCAUGAAUUUGGCCAUGCUUUGGGCCUGAAGCACUCCAGAAACCCAGACUCACUGAUGUAUCCGACCUACAGAUCCUCCCGUCCAGCCAACCUAUUAUCAAGAGAAGAUGUAGCAAAUAUCAACGCACUUUACAGCCCAGCCAGAGGUCGUCCGAAUCACUUGCCGAGGUACAACUGGAGCUCUCAGAACAACCCCUGGAUGUCAGGAUCACUGUUCCCUCGACUCAUGCAGAACAGAUGUGCUCCAGACCUGACUUUUGACGCAGUGUCCACUCUCGGGGAUGCCACCUUCUUCUUCAGGGAAAGAUAUCUCUGGAUUAAACAUAAUGAGCAAUAUGACAUCAAAGAAGGUCCAAUCUCCAACUUCAUGCCCAAGAUUGAAACACGCAUCGAUGCCGCCUUCUGGGUACCUCGAAGAUCCACUGCUUACCUUAUCCAUGAAGCCAUGUUCUGGACAGUGAAAGGUUCUCUUGUGAAGGGAAAGCCCAGAGCACUCAGCCACUUUGGAUUUCCAGUCUGGGUGCAGGACGUUGAUGCAGCUGUGCACAUAGUGAAAACAGGACGCACACUCUUCUUUAUGCAUGAUAUUUACUGGAGUUACAAUGAAAACCGAAGAGUUAUGGAUUUUGGUUUCCCAAAGUACAUCAGCGAGGACUUUCCAGGAGUCAACACGACAAUAAAUGCAGCUGUUCAUAAAGAGGGUUUCAUCUAUUUCUUUGUCGGACCACAAGUCUACAAAUACGACUACUCCCAGAAACUUGUUGUCGGAGUUGAGAAAGCAAAUUCCUGGCUUGGAUGUUGA